AUGAAGGUGAACCUAACAGAGUACGACCAGAUUAGAGAACUCUAUACGAGAGUUAUGACUGAUACUCAAAGCGAACAUCUUCAUUCUGAUACUGCCAAGUUGCUCAAAUUCGCCGAUACCAUUGUCCAACAUAAGUAUCUGGUUCAACAAUGUGCUAUAUCCCCUCGAUACGCUCAGGCAAUCUACGAUAUCCUGCCUGCUGACCAACAAGCUAAACUCGAUAUCGAAAAGAUUGGACAAGAUGCUUCUACAGCUCAUUUAGUAGGUAAGGAUGUGUUUAGGAUGCCCAGGAAACUCAUGUACCCAACUACCAAGAUCAUCGGCGUGUGUCGCACAAGUCUUGCUAGGGUGCAAGGCUUGAUAAAAUAA